AUGAACACGAUCAUCAACUGCUUCCAGAAGAAAGGGCCGGCGGCCGCGGAGUUCCGCGUCGUCUUCGUCCUCGGCGGCCCGGGCAGCGGCAAGGGCACCAUGUGCGCGAAGAUCGUCGACAAGUACGGCUGGGUGCACCUCAGCGCCGGCGACCUGCUGCGCGCCGAGCGCAAGGACCCGACGAGCAAGAACGGCGAGCUCAUCAACGACUUCAUCAAGGAGGGCAAGAUCGUCCCCGUCGAGAUCACGCGCGUGCGGCCGCGUCCGCUCGCGCUCAUCCGCCAGGCCAUGGAGGCGAGCGGCUCGCGGAACUUCCUCAUCGACGGGUUCCCGCGGAGCGCGGACAACCUCCAGGGCUGGGAGGCGAACAUGGCCGACUGCGCCGACGUCGCGCGCACGACGGAGGCGGUGAUGCAGGAGCGGAUCCUCCGGCGGUCCGCGGAGACGGUGGCCGCGGGCGGCGCCGCGCGGUCCGACGACAACGUCGACGCCAUCAAGAAGCGCUUCGCGACCUACCACGAGUCGACCAUGCCCAUCAUCGAGAUCUUCAAGGCCCGGGACAAGGUCACGCUCGUCGACUCGACGCCCGCGGCCGACGCCGUCUUCGCGGAGGUCUGCGCGCUCUUCGACAAGUUCUAG